AUGAAGCUCCACUCAGCCCUAUGCCUGGCAGUUUGGCUGGCGCAAUGUUGCAACGCCGAGCCCAUCCCAGAGCCUCCGGGGCCUUACAAUGUAGGGGUUCGCCGGCUGGUCAUCGAUUUCGACAACCCAGACGACCCCGUAAGCCCUAAUAACAUCUCGACGGAGUAUCUUGCGACAAUCUACUAUCCAACUGAGGACAGCCCAUCUGCGCCAGCAAAAUAUAUUGAGCCUGAGUUGGCACAGAUGUACGCAGACGUAUACAAGUUCAACAUAUCCCACUUGACCUCCACAAACCGCUGGAACGCCUCGUAUCUGAGCAAAUGCGCUGGCCCCUCGCUUGUAUUCGCCCCAGGCGGAUGGGGUCCCUCAACUGAUGGCUUCGUGAUCCUGCUCUCUGACCUGGCAUCCCGCGGCUACGUCGUCGCCGCACUUGAUCACCCAUAUGAGCAGCCCUUUUUGCGCUUUCCAAAUGGUACCGGGUUGGUUGGGCUUCCCAUCACAACACCGUCCAGUCAGCCUCUUAUUGACUUGCUGCACGCUGUACGUGUACGUGAGAUGUUGCACUUUGUCCACAAUUGGCCGAAGCUUGUGGCAGAAUUGGGAGCCCCUUUCCGGAAAACUCGCAUCGGCGCUUUUGGCCACUCUUUCGGCGGCUCCUCAGCACUCAGCGCCGGCAUCGAGAGCGAUGCCAUCGUCGCUACUUUGAAUCAGGACGGGACCAUUUGGGGGAGAGCGGCCCAUAACGACUCGUCGGCUGACGCUGGCAAGCCGACCAUGUUGCUGACGGUCAAGGGCCACAACAACGACCAAGAUCAAUCUUUCAAAAACUACACAUCGAACCAAUCAGGCUGGUGGCGGGUGAUUAGUGUAAAUGGAACCGUCCAUGCGGACUGGACGGAUGCUACCUUCUGGAAGCGAUGGGGCACGACAAGACCUAUGGGCACAAUCGACGGUCGACGAAUGACAGAUAUUCGGGGCACGUACGUCUCGGCGUUCUUUGGCGAGCAUAUAAACGGAGAGGAGUCGCCGUUGCUGGAUGAGAAUUCUGAGGAAUGGCCAGAGGUGACGGUAUACGAUGGCAAUGAUAUCUAA